AUGGAGAAGGCGCCCGAGGUGUUGAUGAGGGAGGGUUCCAGGAAGAGAGAUUGCCCUGAUUCUGAGUUAGAAUCCCACCAGAUCCUAGCACAUGAAGAAAAAUCCCAGCAGCUCCUAGCACAUGAAGAAAAAUCCCAGCACAUCCUAGCACAGGAAGAAAGAUCCCGGCAGUUCCUUUCACGUCUAGCUAUCGAGGAUGCGUUUUGGGAUCAUGUGGAUGAAUCUAAUGGGGUACGUCCGGUGAGGACGGACGCGAACCAUGCGGAACAGAAACCGUUUGGGUGGAAGGUGGAUUUGCCGAGCGUAUUGAAGAAGGGGAGGAGGAGGAGGCGGAUGAUGAUGAGGAGGACAACGACGACCCGGACCUCGAGGCCCUCCGAUUUCGCAAAAGAUGGAGCCGUAUAUGGUCCCGCCACCACGGAUGCUUCGAUGACACCAAUCUUUUCAGCCAUGAUUGCAGGAAUAGGAGGUGGCUUCCAGUGGCCUCUCUGUGUGUUCGGUCUGGUUGCCAUACGCGACCAUGUUGAUCACAAUCGCAAUAUUAUCUUCCAGCGCUCAAGGUCUGAGUGCCAAACCCUCACUAAGGAGGAUCCAUAUUUAGUACUCACAGGUCCUGCCCGUGCUGUUGUGUUUUCGGCUCCUGUAACCAUCGAGGUUUACCUGAAAGUGAAGGGCCCUACUGAACUUGAGGAUAAAACUUUAUGCUAUCUUGCUAAUGAAAUGCGAGACAAAGGAGCGCCUUAUUCAUACAUGUUCCAUCAGACUUGCAGUGGCAAGUUUAGCACAGUGGAGUUUACACUUGGGCAUAUUACUUCCUCUGUCGAGGCCACAAUAUCUGUUCGAGUUAUCAGUGGUUCAUGGCCACAUGGUUUUCAGGGUGAGUUUGCUGCCUGUUUGGUUAGAACUGGUGAUAUUUUUCAUGGUAAGCAUGAAGGUCCUGUUAUUGGAGGUAGGACCCGUAGCACCAGUGUUGAUCACAAGAAAAUAACCCUGCUUAGUUUUGGAGAUGAGAAAGUGCCUGUGACUGGUGAUGGUGUGAUUGAGCUUUCUCGUAGUGUUGUUUCUGCUAAAAGUAACAGCAACCUGGAAGUUUCUGUUAGGGCAUGGCAAGAUGCUAACAAUGCUGUGCAAGCUUUGGCGGCAUUUGCGGCCAAGGAAGCAGGUAGAAGCUCUUGUACGCUUGACAUUGGAUCCUGUAAAAUGGUGGUUAUUGUGGCCUGGUCACUCAUUUCGGAUGAGCCGGAACUUCGUCGAGAAGUUGAGCCUCAGCAUUUAAUGAUGUGA